UAAGCUUUUUUGAACACACAAAGCAAGAGAGGCUUCUUAAUUAAGAGUUGAGCUGUGAGAGGGUGACCAAGGAGAUCGAGUGAUUCAGAUUAAUGGAAACUGAAACGCUGAUGAUGAGGACUGGUGUAAGGAGCGAGGUUUAUGAGCAAACUCAUUUGGAGGUUAUGGUUGAUGACAUGACAUCAGAUUAUAAUGGUGGUUUGUCGAGCCAAACGACUGCUGCAGUAGGAGGGAAUGGUGAAGUCAAGCUCCAAGAUAAUGGGAACAAAGGUUCUUCUGGUGCUUUGCCAAUUGAUCCGGUAUCGAUGAUGCACACUCAAGGACGUUGGCUCGUUUUGCCUACCCACCAACCUGAGACUGAUCAGAAGGAAAAGAGUAGUCCUAACUAUAAUUCAUUGCCAAUUUCUGAUCCUCUUUACUUCAAUUCCUCAAACUCUUCUUUGUACACCCCAAAUGGACCAGUAGGCAUAACCAUAUCAGCAUCAGGGAAAGUGCAGGAAAUAUAUCUGAAAAAAAUGUUUCUGAUGCCGCAAAACCAUGAAUUUUACUGCCCCAGUUGUAGGGUUUGUGUGGAUAAGGUGUUGUUUUGCGAAACAGGAAAUUUCAAUAAUGGAUCAGAUUCGAAUCCAAUUAAGCCUUCAUCACCUGUUUCCAGGCCUGAGCCUCCAACGACACCUGAUGAACUUCCACCCUUCAAUGAACCAGUUAGAUGCUCAGAAUGCUUCAGUUACCUUAUUGAGAAAGGCAAAGACUUUUUCAGAGGGUUUGUUUCUCCUAUUCCAGGCCCAUCCAAUACACCAGAUCCAGUUACACAACCACGUAACGGAAGAGCAGAAAGCAGCAAGGGAUGGGAAAUUCUUAAAAGCAUUGUUUAUGGUGGUCUGGGUCAAUUAUUAGCAAGCCUCAGCGUUGUCACAUCUGCAGCAAGUGCUGAUGCUACAACAUUGAACAUUGUUUCUCUAGGUAUUGCGAAUCUGAUUGGUGGACUUUUCGUCUUAUCUCAUAAUAUUAGGGACCUGAAAGCUUCGAAGCCUACUGAAGGAGGAAAUGAAACAGAAGCAGCAGAGGACAAAUAUCAUGAGUUACUGGGGAGGAGGGAGAACUAUUUUCUCCAUGCCUUUUUUGCAAUCUUAUCAUUCCUUAUUUUUGGUCUAGUUCCCCCAAUCGUGUAUGGCUUCGCAUUCCAGGAGAGCAAUGAUAAAGAUCUCAAGCUUGCAGCAGUUGCAGGAGCUUCUGUAAUUUGUAUCACAUUGCUUGCCACUGCCAAAGCUUAUACCGAGAGACCCAAUAAUUACAUGACAUAUUUCAAAACAAUCACAUUCUAUGUUACCUCUGGAGUGUUGGCCGCAUUGCUUACUUACUUAGCUGGUGACCUUGUGAAGAGACUUAUGGAACAACUUGGAUGGUCUGAAGGAGGAUCAGGACCAAACUCCAUCUUGUCUCUUCCUGAGAUUAGUUUAGAGAAACCUGGAUUGGGUUCCUACUAAGAAGGGUGCUAGUUGUUUUGGGCCAUGUGUGACUAAAGCAUUGCACUUAAUGCUUUUUGUGUUAUUCAUUCUAGUGUGUUUUAUUAAUUUAAUUUCGAACUUAGUUGGGGACAUUGCCAAUGUUCCAUUGUACUUUAAUGUCAAUAAAUUUUGGCUGUUCUAGCUACUUCAGUACAUAA